AUGAACAAGCUGUAUAUAGGAAACCUCAGCGAGAACGUCAGCCCACCGGAUCUGGAAAGUCUCUUUAAGGACUCUAAGAUUCCCUUCACCGGUCAGUUCCUGGUCAAGACUGGCUACGCUUUUGUGGACUGUCCGGAUGAGAACUGGGCGAUGAAGGCCAUCGACACCCUCUCAGGGAAGGUGGAGCUGCAUGGUAAAGUUAUAGAAGUUGAACACUCAGUUCCCAAAAGGCAGAGGAGUCGGAAGCUACAAAUCCGAAAUAUACCACCACAUCUACAGUGGGAGGUACUGGAUAGUCUGUUGGCACAAUAUGGAACAGUGGAAAACUGUGAGCAAGUGAACACUGAGACUGAGACUGCAGUAGUGAAUGUAACCUAUGCGAAUAAGGAACACGCCAGACAGGGGCUUGAAAAACUGAACGGCUAUCAGCUUGAAAACUAUUCCCUUAAAGUGACGUACAUUCCUGAUGAGAUGGCCGCACAACAAGCUCCCACUCAGCAGCUACAGACUCAGCCACCACAGCACCCUCCCCAAGGGAGACGGGGAUUCGGACAAAGGGGACCGCCUAGACAGGGGUCACCCGGUGCUGCUGCAAGACCUAAACCUCAGUCAGAGGUCCCACUGCGCAUGCUGGUUCCUACCCAGUUUGUGGGGGCAAUUAUUGGAAAAGAAGGCGCUACGAUCAGGAACAUUACUAAACAGACCCAAUCCAAGAUUGAUAUUCACCGUAAAGAAAAUGCCGGCGCAGCAGAGAAACCCAUUACCAUUCACUCAACUCCAGAAGGAUGCUCAACAGCUUGCAAAAUAAUAAUGGAGAUUAUGCAGAAGGAAGCUCAGGAUACGAAGUUCACGGAAGAAAUUCCCUUAAAAAUACUAGCACAUAACAAUUUUGUUGGCCGUCUCAUUGGUAAGGAGGGAAGAAACCUUAAGAAAAUUGAGCAAGACACAGAUACAAAAAUCACAAUAUCUCCACUUCAGGACCUGACAUUGUAUAAUCCUGAGCGAACUAUUACGGUAAAAGGCAGCAUUGAGGCAUGUGCCAAAGCUGAGGAAGAAAUAAUGAAAAAAAUUAGGGAGUCCUACGAAAAUGAUAUUGCGGCUAUGAAUCUACAAGCUCACUUGAUCCCUGGAUUAAACCUAAAUGCAUUGGGUCUAUUCCCACCAUCCUCUUCAGGCAUGCCACCUCCUUCAGUUGGGGUGUCCUCACCUACAACCUCUACUUCUUACCCUCCUUUUGGGCAACAACCAGAGUCUGAAACAGUUCAUCUUUUCAUACCAGCAUUGGCUGUAGGAGCAAUUAUUGGCAAGCAAGGACAACACAUAAAACAACUUUCACGUUUUGCUGGAGCCUCCAUAAAGAUUGCUCCAGCAGAGGGACCAGAUGCCAAACUGAGAAUGGUGAUCAUCACUGGACCACCAGAAGCCCAGUUCAAAGCUCAAGGAAGGAUCUAUGGUAAACUUAAGGAAGAAAACUUCUUUGGACCCAAGGAAGAAGUUAAACUCGAAGCUCAUAUUAAAGUGCCAUCAUACGCUGCUGGACGUGUUAUCGGCAAAGGAGGAAAAACUGUUAAUGAGCUUCAGAAUCUAACAAGUGCAGAAGUUGUUGUGCCCCGUGAUCAAACUCCAGAUGAAAACGAUCAAGUGGUUGUUAAAAUAACUGGCCACUUUUAUGCAAGUCAGCUUGCACAGAGGAAAAUUCAGGAAAUAUUGGCUCAGGUAAGAAGACAACAGCAGCAACAGCAGAAGACUGCGCAGAGUGGACAACCCCAACCGAGACGAAAGUAAAGGUUCAGGAACAUGGCCCUUCACAGAGACAGAUGCCAGACCAAAGACAGACUGUGUAAUGGACAGGGAUCCAAACCUGUCCUUGCUAAGUGGUUACAAAAGGCCAACUAGCUUGUCACCUGUUUGAGGACCAGGCAACAAUUUAACUGUCUCUGAGAAUGUAAUUUAGGCUCUCAAACUUUUGAAACCCAGCUUUAAAAAAAUUUAAAAAAAUAGAAAAAAAAAUAGGAAAAAAGGAAAAAGAAAAGGAAAAAAUAUAUAUAUAUAUAUAUAAGGACCCCUUCACUUCCCUUUUGAUCUAUUCUCAUGAGUUAACAUAAACCUUGUUAGUCUUUUUUUUUUUUUAUUGUUCUUAUCCCCCCAACAAUUUUAGAACUUUGUUUAAUGAAGCUUUCUCUUAUGAGUUCUCUGGUGUUAAAAGAAAAGGCAUUGCUCUUUAUACGUCCAGUUAUAUAAAAGAAAUUAGUAGAGGGUGGGAUUACUGGUUGGUUAGUUGUGAAGGAUAUUGAUAUAAUUAAGUGUUAGUCCCAGUGUUGAACAAGUGGCAUUUUUUUAAUUUGGUUGCAUUUUUACUUAACACUGCCAUGAAUAACCUAAGGGAAGUGUAGAAAGGUGUUGGCCAGGGCAUAAAAAGAUGAAUAUGCAUUUUACUAAACUACCUCAGGCAUUUAGUACCUCAAUGAGAAAUUUGUUCUUUUUUUGUUUUUGCCUUUUUUUAUUUUCUUUUAAUUUUCUUUUGGUAUUUUGUAUACUUUAUAAAGCUAAUAGUUCUUGAGCAUUUUAUUUUUUUAAUAAAAAGAAAAAUAUCAGCUACCAGCUAGAAGUGCAGAAAUAUUAUUAUUUGGUCAGAGAAUGCACACACUAGCUGAUGGCUGAUGGGAGUAAAAGAUGGGGAGUUGCCUCAGUUUCUCUGAAGCCUUCCACACCAUCAUUUUGCUACAAAAUUCAGUGAAUGUUCAAAUAAUAGAUACUGAAAGACGCCACCAUACUGAUAGCAGCAAUGCCAUUUAUUUUUCUUUUACUAUGGGAUAAAAAAAAAAAAAAAAAAAAGUUUGACGGUACUUUUUUUCUGGGAACACCAUACAAGGAAGUGAUGGAAAGAGGCCAGCUGGGUUUCGGGAUUUAUUUUUUAGUUUUUUUUCAAAAAAAUAAUUUUUAUUUUAUUUUUUUAAGGGUGCUAGAAGACUGGAUUUUUCUUUCAUUUCUUUCUUUCUUUGUGCUGCUUGGUUGAAUGCAAUGAACCCUUUGUGCCUUUGACCAUCACUACCUAAUAGUGCUACAUUGAAACAUUUGCAGCCCGUUUGAACUUUGCCAUUCUGUUCAAAGAGCAAGCUUCAUCGUCAGUUUGGUAAACUAAAGGAAAACCAUACUUGAUCUGUGGGAGCAAAAAUAUAUAUAUAUGCAUAUAAAUAUAUAUAUUUCCUUACUAUUUUUGUUUUUCCCUUUCCCAUAACCAUCAAACUCAUGCUUCCCAUCAGAUCAAUGCAUAUUACAUUCAUUUACCAUGACUGGGGGAGAGGGAACGGGGGAAUGGGUCAGACAUACGUUUGAUCACACGGAAGAUAACGACAGGCUUACGUUUACAUAUCCAGCCUCAGUAAAGAUUUAAAAAAAUAAAAAUAGAUAAUAAGAUAAAAGGGCCACACAAAGCUACUUGGAAGGUUUAAAGCUGAAUACAACCGUCUCUUUUGGUUUGAAAUAGAUACAGCAGGGUUUAUGCACACUUUAUUUUUUAUUUUUUGCAACCAACCAUUUACCCUUCAGCUGCCCGUGGCAUGUGGACGACGUGGCCACGUGCUGCCGACAGCAAAAGGGUAUAAGAGGAAAAAAAAGUAAUCAAAAGGCAGGGAAAAAGGAAAGCUACCAAAUUCUUUUAAUUUCAGAAUGUAAUUUGAAUGAUUGUGGUAAUAUUUACACAUUCAAGUUUCUACAAUAAACUUAAACUUCAGUCUACCUCAGUUUUGAAAAUGUGGCAACACAUGGUGCAUAAAGACUGCUGUGUGUGUGUAUGUGUGGUCUUAACAGAGCCAUGCGAUUUACCUCUGAACCUUUAUUUUUUGUGAUGUUUUUGUGCAUGAGAUGAUCACAAUCACCAUGCUGCACUGAUUUGAGGGGCACAACUAGCAAAAACCAUUUGUUUCAUCAUUUUGUUGAUCUACCUCUUAGACUCAUAUUGAAAUAGAGGCAUUUCUACAUAGACUAGAUAAUUUCCCAAAGAUCAUUGUUGUACAGUUUCUUUCUUUCUUACUUUUUUUUUUUUUUUUUUUUUUUAUAAUGGUCUGAAGUGCUUUCUUUCUUCUUCAUCUACAUCUUACUAAUUUGGUAAAAAUUUAAAGAACUCUGAACCUAUGUUGUAGUUUAAGAAAAAAAAACUGAUUUUUUAUUUUUUUUUUGUUGAGAAGAGUGACAUUUAGGGUUUAGAAAAUUUUCUUACAUUGAUUUAAAAUACUGAACUAUGAAAAAAAAGUCAUUUAAAAUAACAGUAAACGUUUGUUGCGGUCUAAGUGCAGGCCCAACUUUCUUUUUCUUAACAUGAUGAAGCAGACAUAACUUGAUUAUUUUUCAUGAUUUUUUACUUUACAGAUAGGUGCUGCAUUUACAUCUGCUGAUUUAAAUACUGUCAUAUCUCUUUAAAUUUCUAGACUGUUAGUGUGGUAAUCAUGUUAUUUUCAAUUGAGACUUGGUAACUUGGAGUAUUUUUGGCAAUAGAUACAGUAGAAAGUUAUACUGUAAAUGAGUUUAAUAUCUGCAAAAGCAUGGAUCAUAUUUCAUCUGUAAUGUGCCCCCAAGCAGCUCCACUUGCCAGAUGCCUCUGAAUGGAAUAAAG